CCAACAACAAAGCAUCAGCAUUUCCAAAUAUUCCCUUUUAUCUUCUUCUACUUGUCUCUGCAACUUCUUCUCUUCUUUUCAAUGGAGGAUGACUCAACCCAUUUGGAGAAAUCAGAAUCACAACACAACAUGAUGGAUGGAGAAGAAAGAGACCCAGAAAGCAAUUCACUGCAUCAGCCUCUCCUAAAGAGAAACAGAACACUUUCUUCCAAUCCCUUGGCCUUGGUUGGAGCCAAGGUUUCCCACAUAGAAAGCUUGGAUUAUGAGAUCAAUGAAAAUGACAUUUUCAAGCAUGAUUGGAGAAGCAGAUCCAAAGUUCAAGUUUUUCAGUAUAUAUUCUUGAAAUGGAAAUUGGCUUUUCUUGUUGGGUUGCUCACUGGCUUGAUUGCAACCUUUAUCAAUCUUGCAGUUGAGAACAUUGCCGGAUACAAGCUUCUUGCAGUUGUUCAUCUCAUAAAGAAGAAAAGGUAUGUCAUCGGGUUUGCAUACUUCACCGGAGCCAAUUUGAUUUUGACCACCGUGGCUGCAGUUCUCUGUGUGUGGUUUGCCCCCACUGCUGCCGGUCCUGGCAUUCCUGAAAUCAAGGCAUAUCUUAAUGGUGUUGAUACUCCCAACAUGUUUGGUGCCUCAACAUUAAUUGUCAAGAUCAUUGGCAGCAUUGGAGCCGUCUCAGCUGGACUGGAUUUAGGAAAAGAAGGGCCUUUAGUACACAUAGGAAGUUGCAUAGCUUCUUUGUUAGGCCAAGGGGGGCCAGACAACUACCGCCUGAAGUGGCGCUGGCUCCGUUACUUCAACAAUGACCGUGACCGCAGAGACAUUAUCACCAGCGGUACUUCCUCUGGCGUUUGUGCAGCUUUCCGUGCUCCAGUGGGUGGUGUUCUGUUUGCUCUAGAAGAAGUUGCCACAUGGUGGAGGAGUGCCCUUCUUUGGAGAACCUUCUUCAGCACAGCAGUUGUGGUGGUUGUGCUCAGAUUGUUCAUUGAAAUCUGCAGUACAGGAAAUUGUGGUCUCUUUGGGUCGGGAGGACUCAUCAUGUUUGAUGUCAGCGAUGUUGUGGUAAGGUAUCAUGUGUUGGAUAUCAUCCCUGUUACUAUAAUUGGCAUCAUUGGAGGAGUUUUGGGCAGCCUUUACAAUUACUUUCUUCACAAGGUCCUCAGCCUGUACAGCAUCAUUAACCAGAAGGGGAAAAUACACAAACUAUUUCUGGGUCUGAGUGUUGCCCUUUUUACAUCAGUGUGUCAAUACUGUCUCCCUUUUCUGGCCAAAUGCAGAGCCUGUGAUCCCUCCAUUACAGAAGCUUGUCCAACCAAUGGGCGGUCAGGGAAUUUCAAGCAGUUCAACUGCCCAGAUGGGUACUACAAUGAUCUAGCCACUCUCCUCCUAACGACCAACGAUGAUGCUGUCAGGAACGUCUUCUCCACCAAUACUCCCUCGGAGUACACUAUGACUUCUCUGCUGAUUUUCUUUGCACUCUUUUGUAUACUGGGACUUUUUACUUUUGGCAUUGCUGUACCCACCGGUCUGUUUCUUCCAAUCAUCCUCAUUGGGUCAGCUUAUGGCCGCCUGCUCGGGAUAGCCAUGGGUUCCUACACCCACAUUGACCAGGGGCUCUAUGCUGUUCUCGGUGCGGCAUCCCUCAUGGCGGGCUCGAUGAGAAUGACAGUGUCACUUUGUGUAAUCUUCCUUGAGCUUACGAACAACCUUCUUCUGCUGCCCAUAACAAUGAUGGUCCUUCUGAUAGCCAAAACAGUUGGAGAUAGCUUUAAUCCAAGUAUCUAUGAAAUUAUACUGGAACUUAAAGGCCUGCCUUUCCUGGACGCAAAUCCAGAGCCUUGGAUGAGAAAUCUUACUGUUGGUGAACUUGCUGAUGCCAAGCCACCGGUGGUUGCCCUCAGUGGAAUUGAAAAGGUAUCUCGCAUUGUCGAUGUUCUGAAGAACACAACACACAAUGGUUUCCCCAUUGUUGAUGAAGGUGCAGUACCACCUGGAUUUGUAGUUCCUGUAGAAAAGGCGCUGCAUGGACUGAUUCUCAGAGCUCAUCUGCUUCAGGCACUAAAGAAGAAAUGGUUUCUGACAGAAAGGAGGAAGACAGAGGACUGGGAAGUGAGGGAGAAAUUCAACUGGGUUGAUUUAGCUGAAAGGGAGGCGAAGAUUGAAGAGGUGGCAGUGACGCAAAAUGAAAUGGAUAUGUAUGUUGAUUUACAUCCUCUUGCCAAUGCAACUCCUUACACAGUGGUGGAAAGCAUGUCAGUGGCCAAAGCUAUGGUGCUAUUUCGGCAAGUUGGACUCCGGCAUCUGCUCAUAGUGCCAAAGUAUCAAGCAGCAGGGGCUUCUCCGGUGGUGGGAAUCUUAACCAGGCAGGAUUUAAGAGCAUGCAACAUUUUGACCGCCUUCCCUCAUCUAGCAAGAUCCAAAAAGGACCACUGAAGUCUAAUCUAGAACAUCUUUUUGUCAUCUUCUUUUUCCUUUUUGUGGGUUUACACUUUUCCCUCAGUUAUACAUUCUUUUAACAAUUCUAAAGCAGAUAAGGUUAGAUAACAGUGAUGAAAUACAACUUUGUUUGACUG